AUGGAAAGCCAUGCGGACCCACACCGCAACCCAACCACAAGAAGACCCAGAAAAGGCAAAACGCGCCACAAGGGCGGACGACACGGAAAACCGCGGUUCCCCUCCCAGCUAACCCCCCGCGCGGCCAGAACGCCCUUCAGAAUUCCUUCCCUACCCAUUUUCCCCGCAGCCUCGCCCCGCACCGAAAAUAACCCUGCGAAAAAUCGUGGGGUGGAGAACCAACGAACCGGGAAAAGGGUUUUCCUGGUUUUUUUUCGGAUUGGGCCGAAAAGUUGGGGCCAACCGCCACCAAGGCCGGUCCAAAAGGAGCCGUGGCACAUAACAACCGAGGCGCCCGGAAAAAAAACAAACGCCGGAAGCGCCGCGAAUUGGCAGAAAAAUUAA